CGGAAGUGCUGUGCCCGCGCGACGGCGCUGGUGGCGGAACAUGGCCGAGUCGCCGGAGGAGGUGGCGGUGCUGGUGCAGCGAGUGGUGAAGGACAUUCGCAACGCCUUCCAGCGCAACCCGCACAUAGAUGAAAUUGGAUUAAUACCAUGCCCUGAGGCCAGGUAUAACCGGAGCCCUAUCGUCCUGGUAGAAAACAAGCUUGGUGUGGAGAGCUGGUGUGUCAAGUUUCUUUUGCCAUAUGUCCACAAUAAGCUUCUCCUCUACAGACAAAGAAAACAGUGGCUUAACAAAGAUGAGCUGAUAGAUAUCACAUGUACCCUGUUGCUGCUGAACCCUGACUUCACCACUGCUUGGAAUGUGAGGAAAGAAUUAAUACUGUCUGGCACUUUAAAUCCACUUAAAGAUUUGCAUCUUGGAAAACUGGCAUUAACCAAGUUUCCAAAGAGUCCAGAAACAUGGAUUCAUAGACGAUGGGUGCUGCAACAACUAGUUCAGGAAAACUCCUUGCCCAGUCUCGUGACUAAAGGAAACUUGGGAGCAGCACCUCUGGAGAGAAUUCACCGACUAGUGCAGGAAGAAAUGGAUGUCUGCUCUGGAGCUGCUGGGAGAUACCCAAGCAACUACAAUGCCUGGUCCCAUCGCAUCUGGGUUUUACAGCAUUUGGGAAAGCUGUCUGUCAAGGUUCUCCUUGAUGAACUUUCAUCCACUAAAUAUUGGGUAUCCGUGCAUGUCUCAGACCAUAGUGGAUUUCAUUACCGCCAGUUCUUACUAAAGUCCUUGAUUGGCAGAACUGUGACAGAAAAUAAUGUACUGGUACAAAAUCAAAUGGUGAAUCAGCAAAACCUUAGCAUUCAAAAGGAGGAGCAGAGUGCAGGUACAGGAGCUACCUGUGCGGAGGAGCAGAAUGUGGAUCUCCCCCACUGUUUAGAGGAAGAGUUGAAGCUCUGCACUGAAUUGAUUGAUAUUUACCCAGGGCAUGAAACCUUAUGGUGUCAUAGAAGGCGUGUUUUCUACCUUCAGCACCACCUAAGCAACAAACUUCCUAUUCCUACUGCAGUAGUAUCAUCUGUGGACAGCAGUGAUGAAACGUUGAAUGAUUCCCACAACAAUUCCGCAACAAGUCACAUGGCACAAGCUAUGGAUGUUGAUGGUUUGAAUGAAUCCAGCAGCAAACAAGGUUACACCCAAGAAACAAAACGCCUGAAGCGUGCUCCUAUGCAGGACUCUCUUGGUCCAGAAGUGGAAUACCAAUUCAUUGAUAAAGUGUUAUCAACUUGUAGGGAUGCAGACCAAGCCAGAUUUGCUACUGCUUAUAGGAAAUGGUUAGUUACUUUUUUAGGUCAUUGAAGGAAGAGUUUCGAGCAUUCAGGUUUCUUCUUUCAGUGCAAUAUUCUGUUUUCAGACACAAAUGCAUGUCUUGGUUGCAAGUGUUAGCUGAUCAUGUGUUUCUCAUUCUUUUAAUGGUCAGUCCUGAAGUUCACAUUCAGAAUAGAAGUCUGUCACUUAAUAUGGUAAAGAGCUGGCAUACGUUUUUAUUAAACAAAUGCAGUUCUUAAUAGAACCUUAGUACUAUGCGAUUUUCUUAUUUUUUGACUUAUACAUUAAGGUGAAUUCUGAAUUAUUUGGCUUUAAAAAAAAAAAAGACAAAGUGUGAAAUGCAUUUGAAACAGUAUCUGGAAAAAGAAUAGGAGGAUCUGUCACCAUCAUCUAAACCUGUUACGCAGUUAUUCCUCUUGACUAUAGUGUCAUCUUGUUAAUACCUUAUUGAAUUCAGACGGUAUUAGGUGAGUGCUAUUACUUUUGUAUCAGCAGCAUUUGGUAGAACACCAACCAGACUGCAGUUGGUUGAAGCCAUGCCUUUUACCGCUGUAACUGGGAUUUUGUUCACUUAUAUUAGUUGUCACAUGAGUUUGAUAGGAAAGUCUAUGAAGUUGAAAUCCUGAAAAGCAGAAAUGGGAAAAUGUGACAGAAAAUAGUUCAAACACGUGUUCACACUCAUACAGUUAGAGGUAUAUUUGGAAAUACUUUCCUUAGGCUAUUUUACCUUCAUUUCUUACUUGGUAUUUAUUUAUUUAUUUUAUCUCAACAAUCCAGAAUUAAUGACACUUGAUACACAUUUCUGAAUGUAUUACGUAUGCUAUGGAAUCCUAGCCUGCUAUAUCACACAUUGGUUACAUGUACUUAACCAAGACCAUGCAAUUCUUCUGACUGGUCACUAAGACUAUACAAUUUUAGAAAAAGACAACAAGAGGGAGGAGGUCUCUCUUCACUUUUGUUCUUUUGCAGAGCUUCAGUCCUUGGAGCUUUUUGUCUUUUGACUCUUCCUUAAGAGCACUUCUUCAAACGUACAUCUCUGUUUACGUAACUGUAAAUUUUAAGGGAAUUCAAAACACAUUUCUAUUCCAGUGAAAUCAAACAUGAAUGGCUUAUUUGUCAUUUCCUUAAAACUUGUCUAUAUAAGGGAUUUUUUACACUAAUGAAAUUGUACUGGUCCAAAGACCUGGGGGAGAAACACUGUACAACUGUAGAAGUUCGUACAAUGGCAAUAUUGCCUCUGCUCCAAGCAGACUAUUCACUGAGGGGAUGAGAUUUUCAAGCUAGAGCCUUUGCCAAAGUGACUGUAUAUUUCUCCUGCCCAAAGUGCCUCCGGACUGUGACAAGUUUCAAGUUGCUGUUUCUCUUGGGCAGAGAUUGCAAAAAUGAGGGAGAAAAUAAAACAAGGCAGCCUGCUCAAAAGGUAUCAUAUGGAAAGGAAAAAAGGCCCUCAAAAUGUGGAAUUCCAACAGUCCUUGGAUUACUCUUGGGGAUUACUCUUGCAUUUCAAAAUGAAAAUGGACCACCUCUCCUCUUAGAGGGUAUGUUCAUAACUCAUUUCAGGCACAGAAUAGCUAACAGACAUUUCUAAAAGUACUCUCUUUUGUUUACAGUACCUAGAUAAGAUUCAUCUAGGCUUGAGCAUCUCUAUGGUAAAGCUUUGUCUCAAUGGGCUUUCACACCUGCCUCUGUACAGCUAGGGAUGUAUUACGUGACCAUUUGUUUUGAGGUGCUCUGGGGUGCUGUCUUGGUUGAUGGUUUUAGUUGCAGAAUAACAUCAUCAGUGUGUGAAGGAGGUAUGGGAGUGGCUUGAGAGGAUAAUUUCAUCAUAAGAUGUUGUCUCUGUGAUCACUGACAAAUGGGUAGGUUCAGGUACAAUCAUAGUCUGACCUUAAAAACUUUAUCCAUCCCAGAGGACCUGAUUUUUUCUAAGUAUGAAAGAUAUGUUAAAGCAUGUGUAGUAGCCUGGGUCAGCUUGAUUAACGGUAUCACAUUAAUGAGUAGUAUGACCCUGGAAAGUGUGAAGUCGGUUGGCAAUGUAUUAAGUAUCGUGUACUUGGUCCUGGAUUACUUAGUAACAUAGUUGUGUGUUCUGUUUGCCUUUGCAAAAAUUACCUGUUUGUGAGGAAAAUAUUAGUGGCAGGAGCAGACUGGGAAGUGGGAACAUGAUAAGCAUUAUUUCUUGAACUGUGGAAGGAAAGCAUUGCUCUCUUCUCACACUGGAAUGAUUGAGGUUUUCAGAAGAAAAUAUUUAUAUUAGAAUCUGACUCGAAACUCAUAUAUUUCUUCCAGACUAUAAUCUGGAGUCUUCAUUGGCUUUCUUAGAGCUAUGUUGUGGAAGUAGUAGACUAUCAAAUUUGACAAUUCUUCCGUCAUAAACACUUAAGAUCAAACAGCUGCCUUCACAAACAUGCGUGCAGUUCCUACUUGUGUCAGCACAAGUUAUGCAUGUUUGUGGCAAGACAGGGUUUGGUCCGGUGUAACUGAACAGUCCGUUGUAUUUUCAUAGUUGGAAAAUGUUCUGAGAGCUCUAGUUAGAGAUGGUGCUGAUAUCUUUAUUAGUUCUACAAAACACUGAUGGCUGUAGUCUGACUUUUAAGUGUGGGGUUUUAAAGCCUGAUGGAAAUAGUUCCCCUACCCACUUUUUUUUUAAUCCAGUGCUAACAGUUGCAUUUAGAAAUGCUUGCAGAUGGGGCUCUGCCACACAGAAAACUAAACAAUAAAAGCGAAAUUUAAGUAAGUUGUAUCUUCCCCUUUGAAAGAAAUGCAAACAAAAAGCUGUCAAAAGUUGGGCUUUCUAUUUUUCACGGUAACAAUGUAAAUUAUAUGAAAGAAAUUUACAUCAAGCUGUCAAUGUCCUAAAGUCUAACUUAUACUGACAGAAUUGAUGCUUCCAACAAAUUGCACCAAACUCACAGUUGUGUGGUGUUCUGGAACUAUCAUCUUCGGAAUGUAUCUGUCUAACCAUUCACCGCUUCAAACAAAAAGAAAAGUGGCUUCAGGCCAUUGGUAGUUAACAUGCAUAAAGGUUACCAAGUACUGUAUUCCAGUUGUUUUGUGCUUCAGAGGUCAGAGAAUUAUAAUCUAGAUAAUUAACAUUCUUGCAGAGAAAAUGUCCAGCAGAAGCUGCAGAAUACAAGAGUCUCACUUUCUGAAGUUCCAUCAAAUAUAAAUCAAACUUUGUACGUCUGUAAGGGUCUUCAUACGAAGUUAAGCAUCUUUACUGAUUUUAUCUUCUGCUGUAGUAUGUCAUUUGAAUUGAUGCAAAUUCUUUUUGUUCAAUGGAUUAAUCUUUGUAGAAAUUUCCUUGUGCAUGAAACUACAGAAAUAGAAUAGAAGGAAUCACAUUUUUAAGAGGUUGAAUUAUCUGCUGCUAAAUGUAUUAACUAUUAUUACAUUGGCAUUUGAUUUAUCUUGUGUGUUACAGUCACUGGAGCAGCACAUGCGGCUUUAAAGAUAGCUACAAUAACAAAUAUAUAUAAAGGUAUUAUUGGAAUGCAUUGCUAUAGAUGCUGUAAUUAAUGUUUGUUAACGUACUCAUAUUGGAUAUUGGUGUUUUGUUGACUUCUUGCAUAUUCUUUAUACAAUCACAUCCUUAAAUAAGGGAGAAAAUAAAUUAACCUAAUAGUAUAAAUGGACAAUUACCUUAUGUAGAACUUGGUUUAAGACAAAUAAGCAAAGUGGCAGUAUAGUAAGACAGACUCUUAAACUUUGUCAAAAUCAAAAUUUCUGAUAUUUCCGGUUUUGUGUUACUGCCACUUUAUUAGAUUCUGUAUCUAGUUUUAAUGGACAGCAAUGAGUUUAUUCCUAAGUGAAUAAUGGAUAUUUAUAACAAUACGGUGUAAUAUUGAUUAUUUCUGUGAGCAGAAACGAAGGGUUUUGGAAAGGCUUGUCUGCAUAGCCAGACUCAACAGGUAUACUUUUUCAGAAUAACAUAUAAUGCAAUGAACAAAAUGCAAGUACCAGAGCCUAAUUUUAAGGGGUGAGUCUUCAGUGACUUGAUGAUCGAGUUUUUGGACAAGGUUGGUUGCUUAGUUUUGUUUUGCCUUCUGUGAGGGAAGAAUGUUCCUUAGUUUUUUUAAUUUAGUAGUAAGUAAACCGUUGCACUUAAAGCAUGGGGAAAGAAAGACACAACUCCUGAGUUGUGUCUUCCAGAGCAAUUUUGGAAAAAGCAGCAGUGAAGUGAGAUGUAGAUGUAACUUUUAAAUGCAUGUUUGUCCUGUACUCUUUUGGUGAUGAGAGAUCUUCACAAUUUGAUUUUACUGUUUUAUUAAUGUUAAAUAUAAAGGAAAGAGGGUAACUCUCUCUUAUGUUCACUUAACGUUCAAGUUACUUCAAGAUGCACUUAACGUUCAAAUUACCUUUAAAGGAAGUUUAGUGUCCCUGUCUAAGAUAAUCUUCUUUUUUUUUUUUCCUGUGCGCUCAGAGGUAUGUUUCCUUCCCAACCUGUACUCUAAUCUUCCAGCCAGCAAAGAAGAAUGUAGCAAAGCAUUGGUGAGGUGGCCUCAUUUCAUUUUUAAAUAACUCUGACUACCUCCCAAAAAGUGCUCUGAUUCAUGUCCUUAAGUGGAGUUCAUCAGGCUGUUUUUUCUGGAACCUCAUGCUAGGCCUACAUCCUCUUUCAGAGGUAAAACCCAAGAGCUUUAUUGUGAAGCAGUCUAGUUUCCCGAGGAGAGUUUAAAUGAGAAAAGAAAAACAAAUCUUGUGAUUAAAGUUGGGAAAACUAGAAUGACCAUAAACUUUCAUUAGUCUUAUCCUCUAAAGAAGCAAUGAAUUGCUGAAAAAUGGAGGAAAUGUGCUUCCAAGAAAUUCCUUGUAGUAGUUUAUGCUUUUGAAUUAUAGACCUGACAUUUUAUAGUGGCUUUUACUUAGUGUGUAAUGUUACUUCUCAGGGCAUAGUCUAUGGUAGUUAAUUAGGGUACAUUUUUACUGCUUAUAAUAUUUGAUUUAAAGAAAAAAUCAUAAAUGCUAAACAUGUAAUGACUAGGGUUUUUUUGUCUGGCACAGUGUUUUAUAUCUACCCACAAGCUAAUACUGUACCUAAUGAUUCACACUAGACCCUCACAUCACAUCUGCAUCAUGUUGUUAUUCUGUGUAUUUGAUUGAUGAUGCAGUCUUACAGGCAGCUCCUGACAGUUGUUGUGUUUCUUCUGAGUUCCCUAGUAUUAUAUAGUAGGAUAUUCAGUAUCUCACAAAGACUUAUCUUGUAAUGACAGGGAAUCUUUUUACAGUAUGUGUUUUGAUGCACUAUGUGUCUUAGAUUUUAUCUUUUAACAAAAAAACCCUUCUGUUAGGAGUUUGAAUACUAGAAUUGCAAAAGCUUUUAGUUGUUGAUAGCUGGCAGAUAAUUAUGUACAAUACAACUACUUUGAACAGAGUAACUCUUAAGUGUAGUUUAUUAAGCAUCUUUAAUCUGCACCAUCUGGAACCUGAUGUUAAUACUGCUGUAUAGGUAGAGGUGGGAUGAAACACAGCAAGGUGCGCAUUUUUUGCUUGGGUACUUUCUGAACAGAAUAUAAUUGUUGGGAAACAAAGAGCUUUCCUUGGAUGACUUAUUCCUGUACGUUCAUUGUGAAUGAAGUUAUGAAACUGGUACAUCACUAAUACAGUAAGACUUCCUUAAUGGCUGCAUAAAAUGAGUAAAUAAAUGUUUUUUUUGCACAGAGUAUUCCCUGUUAUUAGAAAAUCACAUAAAUGAUGCAAGGUGCCAGAACUUGUUGUUACAAGAUGAAAUACAUCUGUAGCUACUGUGUUUAUCCAUUUGUUCCAGAUUUUCUUUUUUGAAGUGGCUAUCUUGGGAAAAACUGGGCUUGGGAAUGUCAUCUUUAAUUUUGCUUAAUAGAAAUAGUACAUGUCUUAAGUAGUUUUAAGUAGCAUUAAGAUCCAAAGUAGAGACAGCACUGCAGUAUUUAAGUGAGCCAUUAAACACUAAUUUUCUAACCCAGUAAUGUCCAUCAAAGUACUAUUCUAUGUAGGGCAAAAUGUUUAUUUUAUCAAGGUACAUAAAAAAAAUUAAUUCUCACAACUUUCGUAUUGGGGGGAAAUACAGCUGAUUUUAAACAUAAUAUUUUGCAGUAUUUUUUCUAUGAAAAAUUCUUGGAUACACAUUUGUAACCAUUAUAAAGUUUAUGUAGAUUUCAAGUACAGAUAAAUUAGAUAAAUGGUAGGUUUUGUAGUAGAAAGAAUAAAAUGAUAACAGGACAGGAAACACUGGAAAAGAAACUGAUAAAUUACCAGUGUUCUACAGGAUAUGAAUGUAAAGCAUUAAGUUAGUUUUUCACUGGUCUUACUGUGUCAUGGAAUGAAUUCCUUUGAGAAGGGGAUUGUUUUCUUUUUUUAUUUUUGGUCAUCAGUAGAGAGCUUAUCUGUGAAUAAAUUACCUAUAUUUAUUGUCCAAUAAUAUGUGUGCAUGUAUGCGUGGAUGGAUGGAUGGAUGGAUGGAUGGAUGGAUGGAUGGAUGGUGGAACUGUAUUUAUGUAAUGUCCUGUGAAAAAGGCAAAAUCUCCCACAUUAAGUCUAUUUUUAUGUAACAUUGGUGAUCUGCAAAGAGUUUUCUGUUAAAGGCCUGUCCUAAGUCUCAGUCUAGCAGGACCAUUGCCAAGUCAGGGUUUCUGCUGAAACCAGUGAGAUCUCUUGCUUCUCCUCUCCGGCUUAGUCUGCCUUACUUUCAUGAUACUUGGGCAAAUGUGUGCAUACACAAACCAUAUUAUUAGUGGUGAUGUUUGUUUAUUUCAAGUGCUUGUAGGGAGCAUUUGAGACAGUGAAAGGGUUUGUACGGUCUUGCAGGCUAGAAUAAUGGGGAAGUGCUCAGCCCGUGUCCUGCCUGGGGGAUGCCUUCCAGGACUCCUCCAGGAGGGAACAGAGAAGCAUAUUUUGGAUAAAAAGCUUUAGCAUCAGAGAAGAUUGGGGAAAGUAUGUCAGACACAAACUAGCAACUGAAAUUGUUAUUUGAAUAUAAACAAGUACUUUAUUUUCAAUAUUUUUCUCAUGUUCUUUUUAUAAAAAAUGAAUCACAUUAAAAAAAAUAUUUUCCAAGUUACUUGUUUUGAAUGCCUUCCAAUUUUGAAUUACUGGAUUUGAGAGCUCUCCUUAAAGGGAGAGCAUCUUUCCUAGCACCUUUCCUCUUUCCUUCAAGACAAUGUGAUUCAUUCCAAAGGGUCUUUAAUGAGCCUCUAAAAUCACAGGGCAUUACUAAAAAUGUUGCUCAUUAUCUUAAAUGCAAAACUUAAAACAGCAUAGACAUGUUCUGCUCAUACGGGUGGUUUUUUGGGUUUGGGUUUUUUUUUUCCUUUUAUAUUAUUAACUGCCAGUACAGAAAGUAGAAUUUGUAGGAAAGCCUAGAGUUGAUAUGUAUAAUCCUGGUUCACAUGGGGAGUCAUUAAAGCAGAAAGCUGAGUAUGAGCAUCUCCAUGGUCCUUGUGCAGAAAUAAUUUGCAGGAUCUGCUCAUUAGUUUAUUUCUGAUCUCAGUGCUUGGUUUUUACAUCUGUUAAAAUGUAUGACAAAAUUCCUACUGACUUCACUGACAUAGAAUCAAGGCAAGCUGCCAGGAAGGUAUCAGCCACUAGAUGGUAGCUUUGACAUUUUUUGCAUGAUGAACUGUGACUUCUUUGUCUUUUGCAAAUUGUCUUAUUUAUGGUUUCAAGGAAAAAAAGCAGCUAGGUUAGUACAUAUUCAUUAGCACUAUGGGUGAGCAGAAACUGUUAAGGUUGUGGAAUAUUAGAGGUUUACAGGGGCAGCUAGAGAGAAAUAUAUGUUCUACGAGGUAUCAGUAGAUAAGAAAGCUUCCCCGCUCCCUUUGUACCACCUUCUCCCCCUCCCCUUCAUUCUAGCUUUCCUCCCUCCCCACUCCUUCUUUUUUCUUUUUCCUCUUUUGUAGUGGAAAAAUUUUCACACAAUGUACUUGUGUGCAGACCAGAGUAAUACAUUAGUUUGGGAAGUUUAGUGUAUCAAUAGCAUAUAGUUCAAUGCCUAAGUUUUAUGCAAGAUAUUGAGGGAUGAAUUAUAAGCUUUUGUGCACCAUCUGAUAAUAGAUGCCAUAUUGAAGGGAGAGAGUCUUAAUAAAUAGUGAAUGGCUUAAGUUUUACUGUUCUCCAAGUGUUCUAUAUUCAUUUAUGGUACAACAAUAAGCUGCACAUUUGUCACCCUGUCAUCUCACACGUGCUUAUAACUAGGUAAUGACUGAUUUCCUUUGUAAAAUGCAUUUAAUUCCUGUUUAUUUGAGAUGUUCUACAAUUAUUUGUGGUUAUAUAGUACUUGAUAAUUUUCUCUAUGCUUUUAUUCCAUGUUCAGUGGAACCUAGCCAGGUAGAUUUUCAUGGUUAUAAAUCUAGUUUUGCUGUGAAGGGAAAUUGAAAUUCUGCUCUGUAAAAUGUUGUUUUCUCAUGUCUAGUUAGAAUAUAGGAGGACAUCCUAACACUGCUUUCUAGUUGUGCACACUGAGUUUUACCUUGUUUAUCUCAAAUAUUUUGUAUUGCAUGUUAAUUAAAUUUUUACAUAUCCUAGUAGUACAAAAUAUAUUUUAAAAAAAAAGAGCGACCUUACAGUCCUAACUAUACUAUGCAGAUGUCUUCCAAAAUUCACAGGUACAAUUUUAGUGGUGGUGGUUGAUAAAUAGAUUUUUUUCACUUAUUUAUCAGCAUACUUGUUUUUAUAUGUAUUAGUGACAGAAUGGACUAAGCACAGCUGUAAGUUAUUGUAUUUCUGUAGAAAAUUGAAAAUAGUGUAAAAUUGUUUUUGUUAAAUGUUGGCAGUUUUUAAAUAAACUUUUCCUCUCCUAAAAAGCUGUUUCCUGUAACAACAUGUUUACCUUGGUCUACAAGUUCAUUGUUUACCAACAGAUACCCUUCCUAAUUAUUGCUAAUUCCUUUUUAGUGAUAAGCUGCUUUUAACAGGAACUGCAUCUUCCCUUGUGGAUUUAGAUGAUGGCAGCAGAUUUAUUUUGCAGUCUAUUUAAACAUCGACAAGACUUUUUCAAAUGCAUUCUUAAAUCCUUUGGUAAAGCGCAGUGUAUGAAAGCAUGGAGGUGAAUAGCAGCUCUUCUAUAGAAGAGACGUCUUUCUGCAAUAACUGGCUGUACUGCCUGGAGCUGCAGAACUUGGACAGCUGAAUGAUGCUCAUUUUUCUAACUUAUUUAAGUUUCAGCAUGGUGUUCAGUGACAUGCUUGCCCUUUUGAAAAUGUGGAAUCAGCUGGCAUAGCGUAUGCCAGUCUUCCCAGGGUCCAUUUCGUGGACCUUAAAACUGCCCUCUUACGUUCAAAAAAUGUACUUUGUUUGAUUUAUGUGUAACACAGAGGCAUGGUGCUUCUAUCCCAGGUGAUUGCCUUUAGAACAUAAAUCUUGCUGUAUAAAUUUCAUGAGACUACCUGAAGAAGAGCCCUCACUCCUAACCUGAACUGGAUGAAAAGAUGCUUGCAGUAUGGUCAUUAUUUUAUAAAGUUUCUAAUUAUGCAAAUAUACGUGCAUCAAUACCUGGUUCCACAAUUUUAGAUUUGCAGUUAUGCUUCUCAAAUAGCAUUUUACUUGUGUAUAGCUUUGUGCUUUCAUUUAUCAAAAAUCAUUCAUUUCUUAUCAAAGCUGGCUUAGAUGUUAAGAUGUCUUCCACAGGUUUGCGUUAAUGCUGCAGUAAAUUUGGUUCCAGUCCUUGUAUAUCAGGGCGGUAAAUAGCUCUCUGAAGACCUUUCAUUCCAGGCUGUUAUUUAGAUAAUUCGAAGGUUCAUACAAUUUAAAUAAUAAAUUUAUAUGAAAGAAUAUUGAAUAAACAGAAUUUGUAGCUGGGCAUACUUUUUCUAAUGUAAGCAGUGGGUACAUAAGGAUUUCAGCAUGUCAUCAUGAAGACCUCUAGAACUGCUUUGCCAGAUGCCAGAAGGCAGUGGUGGCAUUGCCUGGUUUCUCAGAGGUGUGGAGCAUCUGGUUGUUGCCCUGCAGUCUGUUCAGGGUUGCUACACCUUUGAAAAGCAAGCUAUGGAUUCAGCACUUCCUUUGUAACCAAACACUGGAAGCACUUUUGAGAGCUGCUUUCCUGCAGUAUUCAAUAGAGAAGUGAAAACAGAAAGGAAGUGGAAAUGUUAAAAAAUAUCUCAACAGUAGAGAUAAGUAGAGAGGUAAGUUGGCAGAGCUCAGCAUGGAGAAAAGCGUGACAGAGGCAGUUUUGUUGUUCAGCUAAGUGUUAUCAUUACCUACAUGAGAUGUAUGCAGACAUGUUGACAAGCUGGUAAAGCAGUGGCCAAGGGAAAAAGACAGUGUUUCAAACUGUUUACUGUGGGACGUAUUUUUAUUUCUCUUGCAUAGAGGCUGUAUCAACUCCGACAUGAUCUGUAGUAUCAGUAUUUCUUUUGCCAAAAUAACUGUUCCUGGUGGCUUACAGCUCAAAAGACACGGUGGACUUUUAGCUGCAGAAUCUGGAGUUUUGAAGGUCUUACUUACUUUCUCCUUAUAACCUUGCUUGUUAAACAAGUAUUAAUUUGCCUGACACCUCUAUCUUACUGGAAAAAGUGACAUCUCUGAAGAUAAUAGCUAUUUCCACGGUGAUCAGUGAUUAGCGCUGCACUUCUUUUAUGCAAUAAAACCAAUCCAUUUCUUGAUUGCAUUGUGAUGUGAUAAAAAGCAGAUUCUGUGCAACAACCAAUGGUAUUCCCUCCAGUGGCUGGACUAAGGUGAAGCACUAAAACACUUCCCCAAACUGGAGAUGCAUCAGAAGAAGAUUAUGAUCUUUGUUGGUUGGCAAGUGGAAUCGUCAACUACAACUUCUUGAAUCCUGGCAAAGCCAUCACUACAGAGAAGUGUUGCCCAGAAACCAAUUAAAUGCAUCAAGAACUGCAAUGCUUACAUCCCAGAUUGACCAAUUGAAAAGGACUGUCUUCUCCAUGACAACGCCCAAUCGCAUGUCUCACAAAUGAAGAAGAUACAUGAACUGGGCUAUGAAACUCUACCUCAACCAACUUAUUCACCAGACAUCUCUCCUACUGCUUACCAUAUUCUGAAGCAUUUCAACAGCUUCCUGCAAGGGGAGGUUUUCCAUAAUCAAGCAGCAGCUCAAAACACCGCCAAAGAAUUAAGCAGUUCCUGGACUCCAUAAUUCUACAGUAUCAGAAUAAAUAGACUUGUUGGCAGAAAUGGUUCUUAAUUAGAUUAAUAAAUACUAUUCUAAGCUGGGAUAUACUGCUUUCAAGUUGAUUAAAAAGGGCAAUGAUUUUUGCACCAGCCUAAUAGGAAACUUCCUCCAUACCUAACUGGUGCCUGCCACUGCUUCAUUCCUGUCCUUUUCCAUUCCUGCAUCUCCCUUCAUCAGCCUCCACAGCUCCACUGACCCCCUGAGGCACCCUGGACCCUCAGGUUUGCAUCCUUAUGGGUUGCAACUUUCCACUUUGCCUCUAGUUUCUUAAUAAUCCCUCAAUUAAUGUGACUGAUGAGGCUUCUUUCUUGCCUUUGUUUCUGUUAGUUCAUUUGCUGGGUUUGUUUCUGUGUUCUUGUUUACAGCUUCCCCUUUUACUUGCUACUGCCUUUGUUAUCAAAAAGGUCCUUCACCAGAUACCCUUACGGGAGUAGAGGCUCUCUCCUACAUAUCCUCCCACAAACAAGUUUGCCUGUUUCCAGGGAAAUUGAAAGCCUUGCUUCAGUGUAGUUUAUCAUAUCCCAUGACAGCUUUAUCCUUUACUUUCUGAAGCCUUUUCAGUUUGAUGGGGAAUGUAAAAGCUCUCAAAAAAAGCCUUAAAAAGGAAUAAAUUUAUUGGUUCGUACAGUCCCAGCAAACACAGCCUAUUCAGUUUAGUGCACUGCUAGACUCGAAUUAAUUCUGAAAUUCUGCUCCACCUGCGAUUGCAUCAUCUUUCAGGUAAAACCGCAACUACUGCUCUAAUUGAGGACUCGGAGGUGAGAGCGGGUGGCAGGGGUGAGAAGCAGUUUCUUAGGGGCUAGAGUGGAGAUGGAACAACAAAAUAUAAAUAAAUCAAUUUUAUUUCUGUCUUAUGAGAUUUUAAGUUUUGUAAGUCAGCAAUAGGUCUUCAAUUGCAACAGCCCAAGUUUUGUGUGAGAAAGAGACUUGCAUUAAUGAAGUAGAUGCCACGUGGUUAAAGUAGGGAUGCGUACUUAAAUUACUCAUUGAUACACAGCAGGACAAAGGCGGUUGCACCUAGUCAUAUUUAGGAACUGGAAAAUAAGCUGGAAAAACAUCAGUUCUUUGCUAUCCCUACUAACAGUACUCAUCACUGCAAACUUACUAGCACAUGGAUGAAACUGUCAGGUGACUUGUGGGAGGUAGUAGAAAGUACUACUGGAAGGACUGUUGGUGACUAGACAUUGAGGAGAGAGAAAGGAAGGUAUGCAUCUCCAUCACUCUCAAAUACAAAGCAGAAGAAAAGACAAGCAGAAAUAUGAAGCAUUUUUUCCCUUAAACCUGGAGGGAAAAAAGGUGGAUAAGGAGAAGCCUACUGAAGUAUUUAAGUCAGGUAAAAUGCAAACAGC